CGGAUUCAAUCGCUCGUCGACCUUCGUGCCGCGCGUUACAAGAGUCGCAGUCGCUGUCGCAGUCCGCCGUCUCAGUCUCAGUUUGUGCCCCCAGUCUCAAUCCAGCUCUCGUGACAAGAAGAACAGAACGCCUUGGCCACUGGCAACGCGGUCGCGAAUCAACGCAGUUACCCAUCUCAGGCUUAAUCGGCUGGCAGCCAAUCGCCAAGAGAUCCGACAGAUACGGAUACGCAAUCCGCGCAGCGCGAGUGCAGAGAUACGAAUUGGUCAGGAAUAAGAUACGGUGCAAGUGGCACCCAAGAUGCGGCAAUUGUGCACCUGCGGCCGCCAGCAGCGUGCGGCAAAGUGUGUGAAAUGUGCUACCUGAGAAAAUGCCCACGGAGUGCUCAAACAUAUCGAAACAAACCAGCAGAUAGAGUAUCUUUUGCUGCCCCAGUGAACAACAGUGCUUGAAAUUUUAGUAGAGAAAUCGUUGUUUUUUGCUACAAACUAAAGUGCAAACGGAAUACAAUCAAUAUACACCUUAAGUCAACGCAAAGGCUAAUUCAAAACUCUUGGAAUAUUUAGAUCUCACUGCCACUCUAGAAUCACACGUCGCUAUGAAGCACACGUCGCCCAGUGAAGCGACCUUCUCCAGCAACAUCAGCAUGUUCUCCCGCCAGUGCCUUUCCCACCUCACCCGCUCACCACCCACGACCACGCCCACAGCAGCCGCUCCCCGCCCUCCAUGCCGCGCCCCCCGCUGGACGCUGUGCCUCUGGACGCUGGUGAUCGCCAGCGGCUGUUUAAUGCUCAACGCACCGACGACGAUGGCAUUUGAUAUCGCCACGUGCAACGUGCCCCUGGGCAUGGAGUCGUUACUCAUAACAGAUGCUCAAAUCACAGCGAGCUCAGCUCAUGACAUGGCCUUCGUUGGACCUCAGCAUGCAAGACUGAAAACCGAUAAUGACGGAGGAGCCUGGUGUCCCAAGCACAUGGUGUCGAAUGCGUUGAAGGAGUACCUGCAGGUAGAUCUGCUGCAGACGCACGUCAUCACGGCGAUCCGCACCCAGGGUCGCUAUGGCAAGGGUCAGGGUCAGGAGUACACCGAGGCCUAUGUCCUGGAGUACUGGCGACCGGGCUUCGACAAGUGGCAGCGCUGGAAGAACAUCCAGGGCAAGGAGAUUCUGCCCGGCAAUAUCAACACAUACAGCGAGGUGGAGAAUGCCCUGCAGCCGAUCAUCUUCGCCUCCAAGAUUCGCAUAUAUCCGUAUGGCCAGUACGAUAGAACCGUCUGUCUGCGCGCCGAGAUCGUCGGUUGUCCAUGGGAAGAGGGCAUCGUGUCUUACAGCAUUCCGAAGGGCGUGCAACGCGGCAUGGAGGUGGAUCUGUCGGAUAAAACCUACGAUGGCAACGAGCAGGGCGAUCGCUAUGUGGACGGACUUGGUCAGCUGGUGGAUGGGCAGAAGGGCAAGGACAACUUCCGCACCGACAUCCAUGGAUUCGGAAAGGGUUAUGAAUGGAUUGGCUGGCGUAACGAUACGCCCGGACUGCUGGGAAAACCGGUUGAAAUAGUCUUUGAGUUUGAUACGGUUCGCAAUUUCAGUGCCAUCGUCCUGCACACAAACAAUAUGUUCACUAAGGAUGUUCAGGUAUUUGUGCAUGCCAAGGUGUUCUUCAGCAUCGGAGGUCGCUACUUUUCGGGUGAACCUGUGCAAUUUUCCUAUAUGCCCGAUACGAUAAUGGAUCAUGCAAGGGAUGUUACCAUCAAACUGCACCACCGGGUGGGCAAAUAUUUGAAAAUCAAUUUGUACUUUGCCGUCAAAUGGAUUAUGCUCUCCGAGAUCAGCUUUAUAUCCGUGCCCGCCAUGGGAAAUUUCACCGACGAGCAGGAGCAGCGCAGCAACUCACCCAGCCAGGCGCAGGAUGUCCACGAUGAGACCAAUGGCAGUGAGUACCAGGCCAACCGGAACAAGCCCAACGGAGUGGGCGGCUCGGCCGGAGGCCUCGGCGAGGGCGUGGCAGCGGCGGGCGGCGAUAUCGUCGGCAACAACAAGUACAACAACGGGCCGCAAUUAAUUGCGCCACGCCCCAUCGAUCAGGAGCCGAACGAUGCGAACUUCAUCGGUGUGGUCAUCGUUGUCCUCACCACCAUCAUCAUCCUCCUGGUGGCCAUCAUACUCUUCAUCGUUUCGCGAACGAAGCGGGCCCGCGGCAGCAAUGUCCUGGACGCCUUCCAGUACAGCUUCAAUCCCAACACCCUCGGCGGCAACGUGGACAAGCACCGUCCGAAUGGCAACAGCAUCAAGGCCAAUGUGGACGACAACGAUUCGAUUGGCAAGAACAGUCUCUACCACGAACCCUUCAAUGUGAACAUGUACACGUGCGGUGUGAACGGCUAUGCGGCGGUUAAUGAUUUACAGUGUAACAUGACGCCCGACUAUACAGAUGUGCCGGAAGGUGGUUACGCCGUGCCCCACAUGCAGGAUUACAUGCCCUCGUCGAAAAUGGGAGGUGGAGCGCCCGGCGGUGGUGGCUAUGUGAAUGUGCGGCGCACCCCACCUCCGCCACUGAGCAGCAUAUUUCCGCGACCACCCACCGUUCCGCCGCCGCCCAUGGAGAAGUACUACGCCACCACGGCCAUCUUCAAGCCGCUGAAGGGUCCGGGCUCGGAGCGUAGUGGCUGCAGCAGCAACACCAAUACGGUGAGCAGCGGCGGCGGCAAGAGCAGCCACAGCCACAGCAGCCACUGCAGCACCGGUGGGCCGGACCAUAGUGGCAUCUACGACGACGGCAUCGGCACCAUGAACUCCAAGGCUACCGCACCCAUGAUCAAUCCGUACAGCAGCGGGAACAGCUCCUCGGCCGCCGCCGCCGCCGCAGCGGAGUUCCAGCGCGCCAGGACCUACAACUUCCGCAGCUAUCCCGACAACCUCUAGUUCGAAGCCUCGCUGAAGCUGGUGGCCGCGGCUCCCAAGCGGAUCACUGCCGCCACCGCCUCCGCCGGCAGCACCACCAUGCCCAAGAAGCCGCAGCACCUAAGCCUGGUCGCCAGCACGGCGGGCGGAUACGGGUGCGGUACCAGCAGCAAGCCCAAGUACAGCCUGACCCUGCACAACAGCAAACUCGCCACGGGGGGCAAGCACCUGCGCGAUGGCCUCCAGCAGCGCCAGCACCUCAAGGCCGUGGAUGGGGUUGGGCUGGUGCCCGUGCCCGUUACCCUGCCCGUCGACGAGGUGGUGGGUGUGCACCUGAAGGCCGGCUCCGAGGCGGGGGCCGCCACAGGCGAGGCUUCGGGCAGUGUCACCAGGCAGAUGGUGGAGAGCGGCAGCAGCGGCAGCGGAAAGGACGGCGCCAAAUGCGGAAAUGACAAUGAACUGGGGGGCGGAGUGGCAAACGGUGUCAUGAGGACACAAAACAACAGGCUGUGGUAUCAUUGAUGAAAACCCCAUAUUGAAUGGAUUUGAGCGAUAUCCUCUAAACGGAAAUCGAAUUGAAAAUUGCAACAAGUACUAAAAAAAAGAGGACGUUACGCCGAAAUUAAAAAUCACCGAGUUAAGUCUACGCCAAAAAUGGCGAAUCGGACAGAAAUAAAGUCAAGCACAAAUAGUUGGAUUGAAAAGGCCCAACAAUUGAACCCACUGAGCAAACAAGAAACGCAGCGAAUCGAAUCGAAUCGAAAACGAAUCAAAUCGAAUCGAAUCGAAAACGAAGUCAAGUCGCCUACCAAUCAUUUAUAGUGUAGGGUCGAGAAUAUGCCAACAACGUAGCUAAUGAAACAUGUUAAGAACACCCUGUAAAUAUACGAGUUUAGGAAUCGAUAGUGAAGAAUCUGCAUCUGAUGGCAAGGAGCUGAGUUGCACGGAGGAAUCCAGGACAUCAUGCAAAAGAAAAAAAAAAAAUAAAACAAAAAACUCACGACAAGAUUAUACACGAAUCAUGAGAAUAUUGAGACGAAUUUAAGGUCUAGCAUUUAGCGACACAAUUUGUUUAUAAAACGAAGCAAGAAAUAAUAUUAUAUUGAAUAACACCUAUACGACUAACUAGCUUAUAAUAAUGUUUAACUGAUUUGUAGUACUCUUUCGGGAAGAACACUGCGAUCUGCGAACUAACUGUACAUGCCUGUGAACCUACCCCGACUAAACCUGAACUAUAUGAACUAUCUGAAUUAUAUAGUAUGAACUAUCUGAUGAACCCUAUAAGCGCCUACACUCACACUACUUAAGCCCCACUGUACAUUUUCUGUGUAUAAACUUAUAGACAUAGAUUGUUUGCUAUAGAUGGAAACACGAUGACGCGUUGAGACAAAAUUACGUAGGAAAAUCCAGGAGAUGAAAAUCUCGGGAAAUGAUGAUGAUGAUAAAAUUGUAACGGAAUUUAACGGACCAAGAGAGCGUGCAGAGCGACUUCGCCUAAACCAAGAAAAAAUGAAGUUUUCAUCAAUGAUUUGUGAUUCAAUAUUCAACUAUUUAUAUUUAUAGACACGCGGAUGCGAGUAUUCAGUUCUUAAUGCUAACUCUAAUUUAUCGAAACGUACUACCCGCAAACAAAUGACUCUGACUAUAAAGAAAGCACUAUGAAUAUAAAACAAGAAACAAAUCGUAUUUAUAAUUAAUAUUAAUGGAUAAUCAUGUAUAUGUUCCUUUUUAGUUUAAUGCGCAUUAGUAUCACCCGAAACUUACUAAGAGUUAAACGUAGUAGCUUCGUAGUAGUUUAAUAAAGCAGCAGCAAAGAUAAAAUAAUUUUAAACAACCGGAUUACAUAGGCAAACAAUAGGCGUGUUGGAAAUAGCAUAAAGUAUAAACGAAACGAGACACUCGAUACUCGACACCCAUUAAUAACACUUAAAAAUUAGUUUAAAUAGUAAAACCGAAAGAAAAGAAACCCAAAACCGGCACACGCUCCACACAAACAACGUUUAAAAUGUUUGUGCAACAAUUUGCGAAGUUUUUAACAAGAAAAGAUAUACAACUUAAAAUUAAGCAAGCGGUUACAACAAUAUUUAAAAGUAUUUAAUAACAUUAGGCUUCGAGAUAUGUCCGUAUGUAUUUCUCAACUUUCUGCACAAAUUCUAAACCUUUCGACUUUCCACUGCACCAACGGUUUGCCAACACACUGGCCCACUAAAAAAACACAACUACAGCAAGACACGAUCGAACACUGCAAGAAAAAACACUGUCCGCCACUGAAAAAUUACUAUCGAGCAAAAAACAAAUCACGAACCUACCUACAAGACUUGUGUAAAUUAAAGAAACGUAAUGCUAAAUAAAAGCUAAAUAAAACGAUUAGGCAUUAAGUUAAAAAUACAUUUUGUAAAAAUUAAUAAAAGUACACUGUAAAAACUUAUAUACUAAUGUAAUGGUUAUCCGGUCUUUUGGAAAUCACGGCAAAUGUCAUUAAAUUGUUUAUUUACGGUGCGCUUGGCGGUCGAUAUACCGACUAGUUUAAUUUCUAAAUUAAUUUAAAUGCAUUUAUUAUGUGUAAAUUUUUCAAAGGCAAAUAUAUAGUAUUCAAUUAUUUAAACAGC